GGCUGGCGGGCGCGUGGUCUGGCUGGGCGGGAUGAGCGGGGCCGGGGCGGCCAGCUCCGUGCGCGGACUGCGGGUGGACGGGCUGCCCCCGCUGCCCAAGAGCCUCAGCGGGCUGCUACACUCGGCGUCGGGGGGCGGUGCGUCGGGGGGCUGGCGGCACCUGGAGCGGCUCUACGCGCAGAAGUCUCGGAUCCAGGACGAGCUGAGCCGAAGUGGAGCUGGCGGCGGUGGGGCGCGGGCAACGGUGCUGCCCGCCAAGCCCCCCAACCUGGACGCCGCGCUGGCCCUGCUGCGUAAAGAGAUGGUCGGCCUCCGACAGCUGGACAUGUCCUUGCUCUGCCAGCUGUACAGCCUCUACGAGUCCAUCCAGGAGUACAAGGGAGCGUGCCAGGCAGCGUGCAGCCCGGAUGGCACUUAUGCUCUGGAGAACGGCUUCUUCGAGGAGGAGGAGGAGUAUUUCCAGGAGCAGGACCACCUCCAAGACAGCAGGGAGCGAGGCCCCCCGAGGGACUUGCCUCUGCCCGUGUCCCCAAUCCCCAGCAGAGACUGGGUUCUGGGGUCCCUCUAGAGGACCCAGGAGGGGCGUGUGCUGCUCCUCAGCCGUGGGCAGCCCCGGCCUGUGGACCAGCGCUGCCAGUUCAGUCUGCAGGUGGGAUCUGCGUGGACACUGGGCAGCCAGUUUCUGCUUAGGUGAUCUAGAGGCGCUCAGUAACCUCACAUCCUGGCCCACGGCACGCAGCCAGGGGUUUACCCCUAAAAGCAUCACCUGAAUGGUCCCUGAAGAAAACCCUCAAGGAUGUUUUGUGCAAAAUGAGACAACUUGCGUGUAGCGGUGACUUUCUUCCAGAUUGGGUUCGCCUCCAGUUUGCAGUGUAUUAGAGCUGAUACUCCCCUGCUCCCUUCCUCGGUACGUUCUGCAGCCUUUCUUGCUGUCUCCUGAGCUUGGAAGCCUCUUGGUUGAGCCUUGUUUCUUUGUACGCUGCGUUACUCAUUGUCCAGGUGACUCAGUACAAGCUUUGUACUGAAAUAGUGAACAUUUUAGGUCACAUCCAUCGAGAGGACUGCAUCUCCUAACCUGUCAAAAGAAUCUGUAUCAUCCUUCCUCCAUCAGGUGGAGGAGGAAGGAAGAGAGUACAGAGAAAAACUGGGGCAAGUUAAUGUUUUGUAUCCUUCACUGUAAGGUGGUGAAUGUUUUUGUUUAAAGAUUGCGAAUGUACACUAGCUGUUAGAAAGCAAACUCUUCCACUCAAAACAGUGGUCACCUUAAGCCUUACUAUAUUUAUUAAAGUCUUUUAUGAACGUUU